UUUGUCUUUCAACACUUCGUUCGGGCACCAGUGGUCACACGCUUACUGUCAAGGUUGUUAGUACAAAAAUGUUGUUGCAGAAGGCUCGUGCUGAUGGUCCUCAAGUUCGUCAAACGCGAAUUGCUGAAUGCUUGGUUGGAGAUGAGACAGGAAUGAUUAUCUUUACCGCCGGAAAUGAUCAAGUGGACUUAAUGAAAGAGGGAAGCACUGUAACAUUUCGCAAUGCGAAAAUUGACAUGUUUAAGGGAUCAAUGAGGCUUGCAGUGGACAAGUGGGGUCGGGUUGAGGUUGCUGGACCUGCUAGUUUUUCGGUGAAGGAAGAUAAAAAUCUUCACUGACCGAAUAUGAACUCGUUAAUGUUGUUGAAGAGUGACCCUUUCUGAAUGGUGUUUUCUUUGCUUUAUAUCGUGACCCAAGAAUAAAAUCGAUGCCAGUACACAUGUUAUUCCGAUCUACACGACAUCUCAUCUUCAAAUAGGCUUGAGGAAGUUGAGUUUUAGGAAAGAAGAAAUCUGGAAGCUACUGUCAGUACUCUGAAGUUGCUUGUUGUCUUUGCACCAAAUCCAGCAGAACCUUUUCGGUUGGAGGUAUUGUGAUGGCUGUAGAAUUUAGGGUUUUGGAACUUGCUUUCAUGUGUUACUUCCUUCCUUCUCUAGGCUGCAACCGUUUUGGCUUCUAUGUUAUACUCGACAAGUUUAAUAUGAUGAAGUGUAUGGCUUCAUGCUUCUUAAACUUA